AUGACUUCAAGAGAUCCCUCCAUCAAUGCUAUCCAACCCAAAACAAACACCCCUUCUACGGAAUCAAAAGAUUCUGCUACUCCCUUGUUGAAGACCAAGAAUUUCUCUCUACCUACCUCCGCCAGUCAGUCAUCUGAUCCCGCGGAGAGCGAUCCAAAUACAAAGCACCGAAAAAGAGACUUCUGGAAGUUCAAGAAGCAAGACGAAGACAAACAACAACAAAAGGGCAAAGCAGCUGCAGAUACAAAUCCAAUUCCACGCACUGCCUUGAGCCCGGCUCCCAACAAGUCCCCAGAUCCAGCAGGUCCCGUCUCCCCUGGUCGAAGCCUUCCUUACGCACUACCCGCAUCCCCGAGCGUUGGGAUGCACUCCUCUCGGCCACAAUCACCAGCUUCAUCCAUGAUCUUUGAACGAAAUGUCCAAGAAGAUGUCGUUCUCCCAGAGACUUCUCCCCACCUUCCUUCCCAUGUCAUCAUGGAGAACCAUAUCGCACCAGCUCUUGACGCCUCCGCCGCUGCCAUCACCAACGAGAAACUCGAUCCUGAUACUGUCGAGAUUGUCACCCAUGCCACUCAUCAGCCUGCUGCUGUCACAAUCACCGGUGUUGGUCCAGAUCAUUCUCUAACUUCUUCCGUGACCGAGGACUUCCCCUCAACUUCGCGAUCGGAUCCAGAGGAGGCUUCGAAUUAUGGGUCUCUGGAUCAGACAGAUGUUCGCCGUUUGAGCUUCAUCUCCUUUGCCGAUGUCGUUCAUGGUGAGCAGGAAUUGGUUGAUGGACGCCGAGAUUCAGCCCACUUGUCGGGUCAUCAUGGUCUGACCGCUCCUCGAUCACCCUCACCAAUUCGAUCCCCAACCUCUUCGGCUGCAUUUGGAACUUCUCCCCCAACCAGUGUUUCUGCAUCAAUCAAAGGCUUCGAAACGUCACCUCACCGCGCACCAAGAGGUACAGCAAGUCCCCUCCCAGGUCAAAGUUCACCUCUGGCAAGCGGUAGUGAGAUCAAUGUCGAGACUAUGAGACAGGCCUUGCGAAAGACGGGCAGUGGAGAUCUCAGUCACUUUCGAAGUCCUCCUACCAGCGCAAUUGGCAAUGAGGAUGGUAGUUACGAUCGACCAUUCCGGUAA